GCUCACUCCCUCCACUGACAAAAACGAAAACAAAACAAAAGGCAGAUAGAUAGAGAAAGAGGCUCGGGAACUGAGUUCGGAAGCGAGCUAAAGAAGCUACCUCCACCCCCUACGAGACCAGAGAAACGCGCAAAAGCUGGUGAGCCUUCUUUUCCGAAACUAGGGUUUUCUGGGGUUUUGUCGCACCACGAAAACCAUCCAAACACCAACAACAACCACCUGUGCAAGUGCAACAACCUGUGAACUCGGACCACCAAAGAUUUCUCUCAACUUCUGCAGAGGUGUGGGUCAGGGGGCUUUGAAGGAAAGAUCAUUUACUUUUUUCCCUGUUGCCACUUUUACUCGAGGAUAAAAGAAUAUGCAGACGCCAAAAGCAAGAGCUGGCUCUUUGGAAGUGCCGCAGAGGAAAUCUCCUGCAACACCUCGGACUGCUCGCCAACUCAAGACUCCAGUUGCAGAUUCUGAUUCAGUUUCCUCAUCUCCACAUCCAGCCAGUAGGACGCCAAAAGGAAGUCCUAAAGUUAUGGAACGCAGGUCACCACGAAGCCCAAUGUCUGAGAAGAAGCGCCCAAGCAGAGUGUCUGAAUUGGAGUCGCAGCUUGCUCAACUCCAAGAGGAUCUGAAAAAGGCAAAGGACCAACUGAACUCAUCUGAGUCAUGGAAGAGGAGAGCCCACCAGGAGGCUGAAGAGGCCAAGAAGGAUCUCUUAGCCAUGUCAGCAAAUCUUGAGGAAUCCCAGCAGCAGCUGCUGGAGAUUUCUGCUUCUGAAGAAGCUCGGCUUCAAGAGCUCCGCAAAAUCUCCCAGGAUCGUGAUCGAGCAUGGCAAUCUGAACUUGAGGCUGUCCAGAGGCAGCACACAAUGGAUUCUGCCGCCUUGGCUUCUGCUAUGAAUGAAAUUCAGAAGCUCAAAGUUCAGCUGGAGAUGGUGGCUGAAUCAAAAGCUACCCAAGCUAAGAACGUAGAGUCAGCACAUGCUGAGAUUGGGGGCUUGAGAAUGGAACUUUCCAGAACUCUAUCUCUUGUUGAAAAGUUGAAAACUGAGCUCCAUGAUUGCAAAGAAUCUGAAGCUCAGGCUCUAGAAGUUAUUAGUAAAACUCAAAGGGAAUUGGAAGAAGCCAAUGCAACUGCAGAAAUGCUCCGGUCAGAUGGCAUCAAUGCCAUGGGGGCUUACAACUCCUUGUCAUUGGAGUUGGAGCAAUCAAAAGUUCAAGUGAAAUCAAUGGAAGAACUUGUGAGCAAACUCCAGGCGGAUCUGGUUGAUAGCAGCAGCAACAAGUUGGUGGAUCCUACAGACAAUUGUAAAACUGUUCAGGAAAAUGGAGAAAAUGAGGAUGCUAACCAGCUGAAAGCAGAGCUUAACUUUCUGAAACUUGAGGUGGGUCAAUUGAAAGCUGCUUUAGAUGCAGCUGAGAUCAGGUACCAGGAGGAAUAUAUUCAGAGCACAUUGCAGAUUAGAAGUGCUUAUGAACAAAUUGAACGUACAAAAUCAGAAUCAUGCAAAAGAGAGGCUGAAUUGGAGGCAGAAGUAGAGAAAUGUAAGGCUCAUAUCGAAGUGUUGAGGGCUCAUUUGACGGAUAAGGAAACUGAAUUGCAGAGUAUUUCAGAUGAAAAUCAGGAGCUGAAUUUAAAGAUUGGUACAAAUCUAUCAAGUGAAAAAGAAGCCAAACUCACAAUGGAGCUACAGAAGUCGGAGGCAGAUUUAGGAGAGUUGAAGGCGAGUUUGUUGGAUAAGGAGACAGAGUUGCAGAAUAUCGCCGAGGAAAAUGAAGUGCUCAAAAUGGAAAUUCAGAAGAGGGACAUGGAGAGGAAUCAGGUUAAUGAUGAGGCUGUUGCUUCAACAGAAGCAGCAAGGGCUGCAGAGCGAGAGGCUCUGAUGAAACUUGGCUAUCUAACCGAGGAAGCAGAAAAAAGUAGCAGAAGAGCAGCUCGGGUUACUGAGCAGCUGGAUGCAGCCCAGGCUGCAAAUUCAGAAAUGGAGGCUGAGUUGAGGAGGUUAAAGGUACAGUCAGACCAGUGGAGAAAGGCUGCUGAGGCAGCCGCUGCUAUACUUUCUUCGACAGGGAACAACGGGAAAUUUAUGGACAGAACAGGUUCUCAUGACAGCAACUACAAUCCUUUGGGUUCACCUUAUUCAGAAGACAUGGAUGACGACUCACCCAAGAAGAAAAAUGUGAACAUGUUGAAGAAGAUUGGGGUGCUAUGGAAGAAAGGCCAGAAAUAGAUGGGGAUUAUGUGGCUGGUAGCAUAUGCGUCUGAAUAUUGUUUUACUGCUAUUGGUAUUAUUCCAUUUUCCGUGAUUUUCUCUCCAUUUCAUCCUGACAGGUAUUUUAUUUUGGUGGGUGGGAGCAGCUGAAUUUCAGUGAAUGUGGUAAAAACAAAAUAGUAAGCUCUUUUGCAGACUGUAUAGAGUAAUGUGAAAAAAACUGGUGAACUUUUGUAGUUCCAUCUGUUUUAAUUUGGUGUAUGUGGUGGCUCUGGAUCGAGGCAAUAUGUAUUGUAUGUUCUUUUCUUUUGGACAUCUUUCUGUUUAGGCUUUGAAGCAGUUGAGUAUUGGGUAUUUGAGCCCUGAGGUGAACUCCUUUGGAGUAUUACUUUGUUAUUGAAUUGCUUUAUCUUGUAUAAGAAGAAAUUCGCCAUCCCGUCAGCAUUGGCUUCAUUAUUGUUACUACU